GUGCGCCGCGUAUACAUGCAGAGCACCAGCGGCAGCAGCACCAGCAGGAGGUGUUCUCUCUGUUGCUCGGUUUGGUGGUGGUGUGGUCCUCCGUGUUCGGUUCGCGCGCGCCGACAGACGACACAUCUCCACGGCCGACGGACAGCGACGGACGUGGGCCUCGCCGGCGCGAAAUGCAGGGCCGUGUUCUCUUGUUGUAGCGAGACCGCCGCCGCCGAGUAGACGCCGCCGACCAGCGGGUUACUGCAGAGAAUGGCUAGUUUCAAGGAGUGGCCAUCGUUCUUGAUGGUAUUUUUGUUUGCGCUCUUUGCUCAAUAUUGUUGCACUCGAAUUGACGAUGAUGGGUGUAAUAAUCAUAAAGGAAAUUCUCAACACAGAUGCGUACCAAAAGUCAACUAUAGGCACAAAGAAAAAGAAGUUCUUGAUCAAAUUUUAGGUCCAGGGAGCUACGAUGCUAGGAUCCGUCCAUCAGGAGUUAAUGGCACAGGCGACUCUCCCUGCAUUGUGUAUGUCAACAUGUUGGUACGGUCCAUCAGCAGAAUUGAUGAUUACAAAAUGGAGUACAGUGUGCAACUGACGUUCCGCGAACAAUGGAUGGACGAGAGGCUAAAAUUUAACGAUUACAACGGUAAAAUGAAAUACUUAACUUUGACUGAAGCCAACAGAGUGUGGAUGCCCGACUUAUUCUUUUCUAACGAGAAGGAAGGUCAUUUCCACAAUAUAAUUAUGCCGAACGUGUACAUCAGGAUAUUCCCCAAUGGAUUAGUGUUGUACAGUAUAAGAAUAUCUCUUACUCUAUCGUGUCCAAUGAAUCUCAAAUUAUAUCCAUUGGAUCGUCAAACGUGUUCACUCCGAAUGGUCAGCUACGGCUGGACAACUGACGACUUAGUAUUUUUAUGGAAAGAAGGCGAUCCAGUGCAAGUUGUAAAAAAUUUACACUUACCCAGAUUCACUCUGGAAAAAUUCCUCACGGAUUAUUGUAACAGCAAAACUAACACAGGAGAGUACAGCUGCCUGAAAGUGGACCUGCUGUUCAAGCGCGAGUUCAGUUACUACCUGAUCCAGAUCUACAUACCAUGCUGCAUGUUGGUGAUCGUGUCGUGGGUGUCGUUCUGGCUGGACCAGAGCGCGGUGCCGGCGCGCGUGUCGCUGGGAGUCACCACGCUGCUGACGAUGGCCACGCAGACGUCCGGCAUCAACGCGUCCCUGCCGCCCGUGUCCUACACCAAGGCCAUCGACGUGUGGACGGGCGUGUGCCUGACGUUCGUGUUCGGCGCCCUGCUCGAGUUCGCGCUGGUCAACUACGCGUCCCGGUCGGACACGCACAGAGACGACAUGAGCAAAAAGUGCGACCUGGAGCGCACCGUGUCCAUGGACGUCGGCGACUACGAGGACGGCCCGAAUUCGUUCAAUAUGGUGAGGUCGAAUAGUACGAAGCCGCUGAUGCGUCCCGAGCUGAUGAUGUCCCGGGACAAGAUGAGCCAGAUCAUCCACCAGACGCCGCCGAUGGAGAAGAACUCGUGCUGGAAGUCGUGGAUGUCCAAGUUCCCCACCAGGUCCAAACGCAUCGACGUCAUAUCCCGCAUACUGUUCCCGAUGGUGUUCGCCAUGUUCAACAUGUCCUACUGGUCCACGUACCUGUUCCGCGAGGGCGUGGACGAGGACAAGUAAUUUGCCACGCCGCCGAGUCACCGACCGCGGCCCCCGCCGCCGUCGUAUUAUUAUUAUUAUUAUUAUUAUUAUUAUUAU